AUGAAGAUCCAAAAUCCAGCGGUUCCUUUUGGCUCCACAGUAGUCAUAAUCGGAGCCAAUGGCUACAUUGGCGCUGAGACCUGUGACAAGUUUCUUGAAGCAGGGUACCGGGUGCGCGGCACAGUUCGCAAUGUUGAGGAACAUCGGGCUUGGAUGUAUGAGCUUUUUGACAAGAAAUAUGCCGGAAAAUUUGAGCUGAUGCAAGUUGUUGACUUCGAAGCUGAAGGGGCAUUUGAUGAGGCAUUCAAAGGUGCCGCGGUGGUAGUGUAUGUCUCGACUCCCACCAUAUUUGAUCCAGAGCCGACCAAGGUGGUGGACCCCGUGGUCAAUGGGACUAUUAACACGCUCAAAGCCGCGGCUCAAGCCGAGAUAAUACUGGACACGUACAAUCACGAAGAUAUCCGCAAGGCACGCCAAGAACCUACACUCCCUACGGCAGAGAGAGCCUUGACUGUGUAUGGAGCAAGCCGGGCUGCUGGAGAACUGGCCUUCUGGGCCUGGGUGAAGAAUAAUCAUCCUCCCUUUGUCGCCAACUGUGUCGUCCCUGAUGGAAACUUUGGGCGCGUCCUGAAUGCAGAAAAGACCAACAGGACUUCCGUAGGAAUGUUGAAGCGCGUCCUAGCCGGUAACUGGAGCGAAACAAUGAAUCUCGCUUGGAUCAUUAAUGUCGAGGAUACUGCGCUCCUGAUGGUCGCUGCGGCCACUCUACCUUCAAUUGCAAAUGAACGUAUAUUUGCCUACUACAAGCAAGCUACUUGGAACGAAUUACGCCUGAGAGUACGUCUGCUCUAUCCUGAUCGCUCGGAUCUUGUAGUUGGACCAGAUUCCGACAUCGUGGGCAGAGACUUGUCGAACGCGAAUGAACUUGUACAACGGGCCGAAGAGGUGCUCAAAGAGCUCGGCCGGCCUGGUUUCACCAGUGUCGAUGAUACUUUACGCGAUUUCGUAGAUACCUGUUGUACUUAG